AUGAGUUUAUUCACUUAUUACUGCGGAGCCACGAUUUAUGAUCCGAUUUAUGGCUAUAAUUGUUUUUUAAAAGAUAUUGACAAAUUUGGCUUGGCUGCAGUAUCUUCAUAUGCAUCGGGAGUUGUAUUAGCGAAUCUUCAAACAUUUAAACUUUUAAAUAUCACGGUUCCAAUCGUUAGUGCUACUGCUGCAGCUACAGCAUUAAGCUCAACUUCUACCUAUCCAUGAUUUUCAAGGGUGCAAGUUUCUAACUUAGGAUGAAUACCUCAAGCACCAAGCUUAUUUAAAGCCUUAGGCUGGCGGCAUUUAGCAGUCUUAUAUCAAAACGAAUCUAGGGGAAUUUCUACAUCCCUUGCAUUUCAACAAGCUAUUGAAGAAAAUGGAGAGAUUAAAAUCGUAAAAUCAGCAAUAAUACCUCCUUCUUUAACAAGAGAUCAGAUAGGCGACUACUCAUAUAUCUUGCAAGAAAUUCUCGACACUAAUGUAAGACUUAUAAUUGUAUUUAUGCACGACGACUUAUUUGGGGUAGUAUUAGAAAAAUUUUAUGAUUUGGGAGUUAGGAAUGGUGACUUGAUAUUUUUUUCUAUUGUUGCUGCUGCAGUUACUGAUAUUGGAGCAAAAAAUGAUACUUAUAGGUACAAAAGAAUUGAAAUUGGCUGUCCUAUGAUAAUAUUUCAAAUGCCGGCUUGGGUGGGAGCAUUUGGAGAAAAGAUUUAUAACGGCCUAAUAAAUGACUAUAAGACAGUUCCCCCUGGUCUUUCGUGUAAUUAUUUUGACGCUACAUUUUUAAUAGCAAGUUCUACAAAAAGCGAGGAAAAGAUGCAAGCAUUCUUUUUAAAUUUGCUUUUCAAGUCGGGCGUAAAUCGAGAGUAA